AUGAACAAUCUCGACGCAAAUAUGGAAAAUUACCUGCGAAAAUUAAUCGAUACUUUCGGUGAAAGUAAAAUCAAGGAUUGGAAAGUGGAAGCCAUUAUAACCGAACACGUGGAAUGCGUAAAAUUAAAAUCCAAACAACAAAAAGACAAAGGCGAUGAAAUAUUAAAAGAACUCGAUCUGGAAUUCAAAAAACGGCAACAAAUCCUGGAGCAAAAGAACCCCAAGUGCAAGAUUUUGACUCAAAAGAACGCCGAAAUGAAACGAAUAAAAUACAAUAUUAAAAAACUAACUAACGAUAUUGAAAUCAUCAAACGCCAGAGUAGAUCCAGAGCGGACAUUUCUAACAGACUGUUUUACUCCAGUUGCAUCAAUUUAGCUAAAAAAUGGUUAAACAGGAAGAAAAAUACCGAGGGAAUGCUCCAAAUGCGCAAACUCGAAAACGAGGAAAGAUCCUUGACAGCGGAAUUGAAAGAUCUGAACAUAAAAAUCGAACAGAAAAAGCGAACAGACGAGCAGCUAACCGACCAGCCAACUACAAGCAACAUGUUUUUGGAUACAUUUUGGAGCUUAUUCUCCACAACUGAAACAAAGAAGACGGAAGCUAACAAACCCCAAUGCAAACCCAACACCGACAUCCCCGCUAAUAAGAUACUCAUUUUGGAUAAUCAAAUUAUAUCCAGCGGGAAAACUGCAAGGGAAAAACCCGAAGAGAUGAGCUCAACUCGCAAACCACCUUCCCAAAAAAACUUCCUAGAAAUUGCAGACAAAAGAGGAACAAAUAGCGAAUUAAAAGAUAAAAUAAACAGAUUCAAUAUUGCUAUGAAUUUCAACUCGCGAAAAAAAUCUACAAUGGCAGUCGAUAACGAUGAAAUUUCUAAAGCACCUGCUGAAAUACCAGUUGAACCUAAAGAGAGCGAUAUAGAAAAUAAUGUCGAAAUAAAAGGGCAAUCUCCACCAAAAGUUACUAACGCCUCGAAGCAAAAAGAAGAAAUCAUGGAAACUCGCAUUACUCAGGAUUUGAAUCAUUUGAACAUCGCCAGCCAAGACUUGAACGCUUUGAAGCAGGAGUUAAACAAAAUUGCAAUCAAAAGUACAUCAAAAAUCCCAUCCAAAAACGCCGAGGGAAAGCUACAAGAAGAUAAUUCGAACGAAAAGAGUCAAUUGUUGCCAGAGGAAAAAAACAACAUUCAAAUGCACGUUGACUCAAACGAUCGGAGCAUGAUUAAAUCUACGAAAGAAUCUGCUGCUAUACCGAUGGAAAGUAAAAUUGAAAAUGGUACUGCCAUGGAGAAGGUUGCAACCCCCAGUACAUCGAAGAUGGAUGCAAAGGAACCGAGGUUAACCGAAAAAUCUGUCGCUCAGUUUCCUUUUUCCCUACCAUUUUUCAAAACUACAUCAGAAAACAACAGUUUCCCAUUAAAAACAAUAAAUCUACCAUUCUUCGGAAAAACUGCCCAUUCUAAAGCAUCGAAUAUCGAACAUUCGGCUAAAAAACGAAAAGUUGAUGUGGAAAAUCUCGCAGAAAAAAUUUCCGUUGCCGAAAAACUGCCAGGUGGAAAAGUCGAUGAUGAUCCUCUUAAUAAUUCCAGAUCUAGCCUGUACAAUUUCGGAAGUAUCACGCAGUUUUUGGAAACCGGGGACAACAGUUAG